UAAGAAGGCACCAAUGCCUCCGAAGGCCACAAGACGACAGGAUCCAGAGACAACCAGAAUCACCAGGGCCUCCCACCAUGAAGCUCAUAGUCACCUUCACCCUUGUCCUACUGGCUGUCUGCUGCAGCUCUGCUUCUGCAGAGACCUGCCCUGAAUUUUUUCAUAUCAUGGAAACCCUCUUCAUGGGCACACUCUCCAGUUACGAGAGUUCAGUGGAACCAUUCAACCCUGAUCCCGACAUGAAAGAGGCAGGAAUCCAGAUGAAGAAGCUGCUGGACACCCUCCCCGUGGGGAUCAAAAUGAAUGUCCUGAAGCUCUCAGACAAAAUAUUAAAAAGUCCACGAUGUGCUGGGGUUUAGAAAUGCAAAGCCUACCAUAUUUGGAAACCAGAAACGUCCAACUGCCAAGCCCCUGUUGCUGCACCCUGCCUGGUCUUGCUCUCUACAAUAAACUACAAGCAUCUCA